UAGUUACUCACAUCUCCGCCUCUUUCUGGAGAAGUCCAAGAGAGAAACGAGAGGCUUUUCCAAGUUUCAGUAAGGAGACAAAGCUUCUUGUUUGAUUUUUUCUUCCUCUACCAACCUCCCCAGAAAGUGGGCGAAAUGGAUAAUAAGGUCGGUGUUCGAAAUAAUAAGCCUGCAGUCAAGGGUGGUUCAUUCCGAACCAUCUUCAUGCAUGCCGACUCUAUAGAUACUCUGUUAAUGAUUCUGGGUGUUAUCGGAGCCAUCGGUGAUGGAUUAGGGACGCCGGUGAUGUUGAUCAUCACCAGCAAAAUCAUGAACACUCUUGGUGGUGGCUCCACUGCCGAUCCCCAUCUCUUCCUUCACAACGUCACCAAGAAUGCAGUGAAUCUAUUGUAUAUGGCAUGUGGGUAUUGGGUCGUCUGCUUCCUGGAGGGUUAUUGUUGGACAAGGACGGCAGAGAGGCAAGCGACGAGGAUGAGAGCAAGAUAUCUCAAAGCAGUAAUGAGGCAAGACGUGGGUUAUUUCGAUCUGCAAGUGACAAGCACGGCGGAGGUGGUCAUUAGCGUCUCCAACGACAGUCUCGUAAUUCAGGACGUUCUCAGUGAGAAGUUUCCCAACUUCUUAAUGAACGCGUCAACGUUCAUAGGGAGCUACUUGGCAGCUUUUCUGCUAAUGUGGAGGUUGACCCUGGUUGGGUUUCCGUUCAUCUUGGUUUUAAUCAUUCCGGGGUUAAUAUACGGGAGGAUCCUGAUGGGUUUGGCGAGGAAGAUCAGAGAGGAAUAUAACAAAGCUGGUACAAUAGCGGAACAGGCUAUAUCGUCGAUAAGGACGGUUUACUCUUUCGUUGGUGAGAGCAAGACCAUGGCGGAGUUCUCUGCAGCUCUUCAAGGGUCUAUAAAGUUGGGGCUGAAGCAGGGGUUGGCCAAGGGUCUAGCAGUUGGAAGCAAUGGUAUCGUCUUCGCUAUUUGGUCUUUCAUGUCUUGGUAUGGUAGCAGACUGGUCAUGUAUCAUGGUGGGGAAGGAGGGACCAUCUUCGCCGCGGGAGCCUCUAUCGCCAUUGGUGGCCUGUCAUUGGGCUCUGGACUGUCCAACUUGAAAUAUUUCUCAGAGGCCUCCUCGGCCGGGGAACGAAUAAUGGAAGUCAUAAAGAGGAUACCCAAGAUAGAUUCCGAUAACAUGGAAGGCCAGAUCCUGCAAGAUGUUUCAGGGGAGGUCGAAUAUAGAAAUGUCGAGUUCGCGUAUCCUUCUAGACCCGAAAAUAUUAUCUUCCAAGAUUUUUGCCUGAAAAUUCCAGCCGGAAAGACUGUGGCAUUGGUUGGCGGGAGCGGUUCAGGAAAAUCUACAGUUAUUUCCCUGUUACAGAGGUUUUACGACCCUCUCAGUGGUGAAAUUCUACUCGACGGGGUCCCCAUUGAUAAACUUCAGCUCAAAUGGCUCCGAUCGCAGAUGGGUCUGGUGAGCCAAGAACCGGCUCUGUUCGCGACCUCCAUUAAAGAAAACAUACUGUUCGGCAAGGAAGACGCUACCAUGAACGAGGUUUUUGCAGCGGCAAAAGCUGCAAAUGCUCAUAAUUUCAUAGUAUCUCAACUACCCCAGGGGUACGAUACUCAGGUCGGCGAGCGGGGCGUUCAGAUGUCAGGAGGACAGAAACAGAGAAUAGCAAUCGCACGAGCAGUAAUUAGAGCGCCUCGAAUACUUCUGCUAGACGAGGCAACGAGCGCGCUAGACUCGGAAUCGGAGAGAAUCGUCCAAGAAGCAUUAGACAAAGCUGCAGUCGGGCGCACGACGAUCGUGAUCGCUCACCGUCUCUCCACAGUCCGCAACGCCGACGUGAUUGCAGUGGUACAGAACGGUCAGGUGAUAGAGACAGGGUCACACGACGAGCUGAUUCAGGAUGAGAACGGGUUAUAUGCCUCACUCGUUCGACUCCAACAAACCGAGUCGGGCAGAGAAGAAGAGACUCCAUCAACAUCGUCCUUACCAUCCCAUAUCGUGAACCAAGAUAACUACAAUAAAAGGCACAGCACUAGUAGCCGACGAAUCUCAACGAUGAGUAGAUCCAGCUCAGCGAGUCGAGCAUCACUCGGGGGUGACGUAGAAGCCAGCGGGGAGCAAGACUUGCCGGUACCGUCGUUUAGGAGACUGCUGCUUCUGAACAUUCCGGAGUGGAAGCAAGCGAGCAUAGGGUGCGUGAGUGCGGCAUUAUUCGGCGGGGUGCAGCCGGUGUACGCGUUCGUGAUGGGAAGUAUGAUAUCGGUGUACUUCUUACCGGAUCAUGAUGAGAUAAAAUCAAAGACGAGGUUGUACGCGUUGUUCUUCGUGGGAUUGGCGGUGUUCUCGUUUGUGAUCAACAUAAGCCAGCAUUAUAGCUUCGCUGCCAUGGGCGAGUACCUGACCAAGAGGAUUAGGGAGAGAAUGCUGUCCAAGAUACUGACGUUUGAAGUUGGGUGGUUCGAUCGAGAUGAGAACUCUUCGGGUGCUGUUUGUUCUAGACUCGCCAAGGAUGCCAACGUGGUGAGAUCGUUGGUGGGGGAUCGAAUGGCUCUUCUUGUUCAGACCAUAUCAGCAGUAACUAUCGCCUGCACCAUGGGAUUGAUCAUCGCAUGGAGACUCGCCAUCGUCAUGAUCGCCGUCCAACCCUUGAUUAUUGUGUGUUUCUACGCCCGUCGGGUCCUUCUUAAAAGCAUGUCCAACAAGGCCAUCAAAGCCCAAGACGAGAGCAGCAAGCUUGCUGCCGAAGCCGUGUCCAACCUCCGAACUGUCACCGCCUUUUCAUCCCAAGCCCGAAUCAUGCACAUGCUGGACCGAGCCCAACAAGAACCCCGAAGAGAGAGCAUCCGCCAGUCAUGGUUUGCCGGCAUCGGACUCGGCACUUCCCAGAGUCUGAUGUCAUGCACUUGGGCCCUCGACUUCUGGUACGGUGGCAAGCUCGUCUCCCAGGGCUAUAUCACCGCCAAGGCCCUCUUCCAGACCUUCAUGAUCCUUGUUAGCACCGGACGUGUCAUCGCCGAUGCCGGAAGCAUGACCACCGACUUGGCCAAAGGUGCCGAUGCUGUGGGCUCCGUAUUUGCAGUACUCGAUCGCUACACUCGCAUUGAACCCGAAGACCCAGAUGGCCACCGCCCGGAGAAGCUAGACGGGUACGUAGAGAUUCGGGACGUGGACUUCGCAUACCCAGCGAGACCCGACGUGAUGAUAUUCAGAAGCUUCUCUCUGAUCAUAGAAGCCGGAAAAUCAACGGCAUUGGUGGGGCAGAGCGGUUCAGGAAAAUCAACAAUCAUCGGACUCAUCGAGAGAUUCUACGACCCGCUGAAAGGUACGGUGAAGAUCGACGGAAGGGACGUAAAGGCAUACCACUUAAGGUGUUUAAGGAAACACAUAGCGUUGGUAAGCCAGGAACCCACGCUGUUCAGCGGGACGAUCAGAGAGAACAUCUCGUACGGUGCAUCGGAUAAGGUGGACGAAGCGGAGAUAAUGGAAGCGGCGAGGGCGGCAAACGCUCACGAUUUCAUCGCGGGGCUGAAGGAUGGAUACGAUACAUGGUGUGGGGACAGGGGAGUGCAACUGUCGGGAGGGCAGAAGCAGCGGAUUGCGAUAGCACGGGCAAUACUGAAAAACCCGACAGUGUUGCUAUUGGACGAGGCAACGAGCGCGCUGGACAGCCAGUCGGAGAAGGUGGUGCAAGAUGCGUUGGAGAGAGUGAUGGUGGGGCGGACGAGCGUGGUAGUGGCCCACCGAUUGAGCACCAUACAAAACUGUGAUCAAAUCGCAGUGCUGGAAAAAGGGAAGGUGGUGGAGAAGGGAACCCACUCCUCGCUGUUGAGCAAAGGACCCACGGGUGCUUACUACUCCCUCGUCAGCCUCCAACGAAGUCCAAACACCAACCAGCAACACCCGGUCAACUAAACCAUCAUCAUCAUGAUAUCCCCGCCCCGCCCCGGCCGUUGCGCGCAAAAUUUCCCAGCUAGCAAGCUGCUCAAUCACUCAUCAGCAGGGAUCGAUGUUAUCAUCUAUAUAUAUAUAUAUAUAUAUAUAUGAGGCUAGGUAUAUAGAUUAUAAUGACGAUUUAGAUUUUAGAAUGUAAAAUUAGUUUGCUUUAUUCAAGUCAAAACUCGAAAGAGUUUGUUUUAUAGUGGCGUUGAAAAAAGAUAAGGCACAACCUAUGACCAUUUUGUGAA